UCGAAACAACCCGCGCAACUCUUCGUCAACGCCCUUCUUUCUCUCUAUUCCUUCUUCCAACUCUACUCCCCCGCUCGUCUUCCGCGUCUCCACAACAACGCCAUGAACUGUCCGACGCGCGACCCCGAGCCAAAGGCAGACGAGCGCUAUAACCAGAACCCGAGCGCGCUCGACGCCGAUUUCUCCACAAACGCUUCCUCAAACACGUUCGCUAACCGCGCGACUCGAAUUAACGCAGACUUGGAUCUACUCUCUGGCGAUUCAGAUAAUCUCUCGUCCGCCCAGCCGCCUGGGAUAUCGACUUCCUUUGCCGGCGGCGGUGGUGGUGGGGGAGGAGGAGGUGGAGGAGGAGGUGGUGGUGGUGUAGGCGCGCAGGCCAGCUCCGGUGGCCGCGCCAGACGCGGCAGCGCGGCCGCUGCGUCGAGAAAAAACUGGACGUCGAGCUCGGCGGCGGUGGCCGCGCGCAAGUCGGUCGAUACGAUUGCGUCCGUGGACGAGUACGAGUUGGACUCGCUCGAGCCGUUCAAUGGUGGCAGAUUACACGACCGGCGGCCGGCGGACAGCCUUGAUGCCGACGACGAGGAUCGGUUUGUUGACCUAGAUGCGCUUGCGCCGCCGCCGCUGUAUCAUCGACGAAACAAGUUCCGCGCGUUCACGUUCCGUGCGAAGGAGAUUUUCAAGAAGUACCUGAGGUUUGUCGGGCCCGGGUUCAUGAUCGCGGUCGCGUACAUCGACCCCGGAAACUACGCGACCGACGUGGCCGCGGGCGCGAUCUUCCGGUUCCAGCUGCUAUUCGUCGUGCUCGUGUCGAACGUGUUUUCGAUCUUUUUGCAAGCGCUCUGCGCCAAGCUCGGCUCCGUCACCGGCCUCGAUCUCGCGCAAAACUGCCGCGCGCAUUUCCCGCGCUGGCUCUGCAUCCUGCUCUACACCCUCGCCGAGGCAGCCAUCAUCGCGACCGAUCUCGCAGAGGUCAUCGGCACCGCUAUCUCGCUCAACAUUCUGUUCCACAUCCCGCUUGUCUUUGGCGUCGCGAUCACGAUCGUGGAUGUGCUCAUCGUGCUGGUUGCGUAUAAGCCGAAUGGGUCGCUGAAGGCCGUGCGGUGGUUCGAGUACGCUGUCGCGCUGCUUGUCUUCGCGGUCGUCAUUUGCUUUGGUAUCGAGCUCAGCAAGAUCCAGAACACGAGCGUCGGCGAGAUCAUGGCGGGUUUUUUGCCUUCGAGAACUGUUGUCGUCGACCGCGGACUAUACUACUCUUGCGGUAUCAUGGGCGCCACAGUCAUGCCCCACUCUCUCUAUCUCGGCUCUGGACUCGUGCAGCCGCGCCUGCGCGAGUUCGACGAGAAGGAAGGAAACUUCACAUCCAACCCCGCUGACUCGCUAGAAGACAUCAAGUACCGACCCUCACUAGCCGCGAUCCAAUACACUCUGCGCUACUCGAUUAUUGAGCUGGCGGUCUCGUUGGUAACUUUUGCCCUGUUUGUCAACUGCGCGAUUCUCAUUGUCUCCGGCGCCGCGCUGGCUGGAUCACCCGGCGCCGUCGACUCUGACCUGUUUUCAAUCUACGAUAUGCUCAGCAGCAGCCUUUCCCCCGCCGCCGGCACGAUCUUUGCUCUCGCGCUCCUGUUCUCGGGUCAAUCUGCUGGUAUCGUAUGUACGCUCGCCGGACAGAUGGUUUCCGAGGGUUUCCUGCACUGGACAAUGACUCCCUGGCUGCGUCGACUCAUCACCCGCUCGCUCGCCAUCGUUCCCUGCGUCGCCGUCGCGGGCACAAUCGGCCGCGAGGGCCUCGGCGACGUGCUCAAUCUCUCGCAAGUCGUGCUCUCGCUCAUGCUGCCCUUUGUCUCUGCUCCCCUCGUCUACUUCACGUGCCGGAAACAGUACAUGCGUGUGCCGGUCGUGGUCGCGUCCGCGGCAGGAGGAUUGCAGGAUGAGGAGGACGACGAUAGCUUUGAGUUGGAGCGCAGCGGGGUCGAGUAUGUUGAUAUGUCGAAUGGGAAGUGGGCUACGAUCGGUAGCGUUGCUAUCUGGCUCUUCAUCAGCUUUUUAAAUAUUUACCUCAUCAUCCUUCUCAUGACUGGAAACGCCAACCCAGAUUAAACCAAUAUUUUAUCUCUUCACUUUUUUUAUUUGCAUGUGUGUCUAUGGAAUCAGCCUUCACCAUCUUUCCUCCCUUUAUUUAGCAUCGAGCAGCGUGAUUGCCUAAAAAGAUGAAAAGCGAUAGCCCACGAAACUAUCUUUUUGCCCUGCUCUUUAUCGAGAAUAAGACAUGUGCUAAGGUCACUUCAAACAUCUGACUUUUGAUUUCUCCUUUCUCUUCCUCUGUUUAUUUGUGUUUUUUUUUCGGAGUUUGUAUAUAACCAAGUAGUCUCUUUGGACUCACGAUCUUGUUUCCUCACAUGUCAUCCCUUGUUUGCUCUUUUUUGGUUUUUUAGUCAUGUUCGUUUCCC